UGCCCUCAGGCUGCUGAUUGGACGGAGGACGAGCUCAGCCUGCUCAGCAGGUUGAUGGUUAAAUUCCCAGGAGGAACUCCGGGCCGCUGGGAGAAGAUCGCUCACGAACUGGGCCGAUCAGUGACGGACGUGACGACUAAAGUUAAACAGGUCAAAGACAACGUUAGCCACUCCUCAGGUCUGGUGAAGCUGUCUGAUUUGAAGGGCCCGCCCCUUCCUGUGAGGUCACUUCCUGUUGCUGACAGGGCGAUGACUCAGCGAGCCUGUGAGGAGGAGCCGGAGGAGGAGGGAGCUGCUCCGGCAGUCAGGAGGCGGAACAGGAAGUCGGCAGAGGAGGGAGAGGUGAAGGUCAGAGGUCGUCGGCAGAGAGAUUUCGACCCCACGGCGGAGGAGGAGGAGGAGGCGGAGCCUCCGGGGAGAGCGGAGCCCGCCAUCUGGACUCAGAACCAACAGAAGCUGCUGGAACUCGCUCUGCAACAGUUUCCCCGAGGAACCACAGAGCGCUGGGACAGAAUCGCCAAGAUUGUCCCCGGGAAGACCAAGGAGGACUGUAUGAUCCGAUAUAAGAUGCUGGCGGAGCUCGUUCAGAAGAAGAAACAGUCCAAGAGCUGAUCCCCGACACUGUUCCCUCCUGCUGUGACCUCUGACCUCUUGGUGGAUCAUGUGACAGGUGAGCUGGCUCCUGAUUGGACUGAAUGUUUUUUUUUUUAAUAUGCGUGCCAGGCGGCGUCUCACCUGCUCAGGUGUGUUUUUCUACCUGAGGUGUCAAAGUUUGAACCGCCGUGACCUCUGACCUCACAGCUUCACGUGCCUUAGCUCUGUUCAGCAUGCUGUCAAUCAACCUCUGUUCAACUGAUCAAUAAAAACUAUUUAUUACCUCUU